GGGGCGGGGAUGGGGGAGAGCCGCCGCGGACAGCAGCACAGCGCAGAGCCAACCUACCUUCAUGCUUAUUGUGUAAAUCUUUAAAAAGCAAUUAGCCGCAGCAUCAUCUUAACCUUCCUUCACCGGCUCGUUUAAAAUCCACAUUUCUGAACGGAGGACCCUCCUUCCACCUCACAGGCGCAGGAAAAGCACGCAGCCUGAACCAUGACCGACAGGAAAGCGGUUAUCAAGAACGCGGACAUGUCCGAGGACAUGCAGCAGGACGCCGUGGACUGUGCCACCCAGGCCAUGGAGAAGUACAACAUAGAGAAGGACAUUGCUGCCUACAUCAAGAAGGAGUUUGACAAGAAGUACAACCCCACCUGGCACUGCAUCGUUGGGAGGAACUUUGGCAGCUACGUCACCCAUGAGACGAAGCAUUUUAUUUACUUUUACCUGGGCCAGGUGGCCAUCUUGCUCUUCAAGUCCGGCUGAGUUUCUGAUGUGUGUCGAGGAGUUUUUCUCCCUGAACCUACAUUGGAAAUGCACUGGUGGCUGAUGUCUCCCAUAACACUUAUGACAUACCAUAACGAUGCAAAAUCCGCCGUGCGCAAACUGCAUGGACUAUAACACUUAUAUAAUAUGUAUGUUACAGUAAGUUUACUUUUCGAUAGUUGCCAUUCGAAUGCAACUUGAAGUAGUUUUUGUUGAUUCUAGGUUGUGAGAGAUUUCAAUGUGGCCCUUGAUUGUACUAUUCAGGAAAGCUGUAGAAUGUAGUGGUUCAUCUGCUUUCCUUCAUCACGUGGCAUCGCCAGACCCCCAUUAUGAGAAACUCGUGUUUUAAAUCGUGACGUUAAACCUUGUGCACGACGAUUCAUCUUAAAAAAAAAAAAAAUGUAAGUGUGAUCAUGGAAAAAAUUUGAACAAGGUAAAGA